UGCAGUUUAAAUACAUACAACCUGACUGAAAUUAUACGGUUUUGUGAAAUAGGUUAUUAUGGUCCGAGUAGGCAAUCGUUUGCUUCGGUCUAAGAUCAUAUCACAUGGCUGACAGAAAAGGGAAGGAAAUGUAGUAGAGCUGAAUUUAGUCGGUACACCCUGCUCUGUAUAGGCGCUCCGAAAUUUCAUUUCAACUCUUCGUUGGUUUCACAUUAACAACGAAAAUAUUCCGGGAUCUUAUACAGCGACUGUCUGCUGUAUUCACGCAAGUGACCUGCGUUGUUAUAGAAAGUGGCAAUGCAACACCAGAUAAAGAUGAAUGAUCAGUCUUGUUAGAAUUAGCUGGAGGAGGUAUUUGUGUUUGUGAGUGCUUUGGUGUUCUCUGAUUUAAUUGCACACCCAAUAAUUUUUUUAAAAAAAAGUUGCAACCUAUCGACCAAGGAAACACGGGACGUUUACAGAAUGGAGUCCUUUCAAAGUCUUUCAGAAUGUGCCUCUCUGCCCAGGAACAUGAUUGAAAACAGCAUGUUCGAGGAGGAGCCUGAUGUGGUUGACCUGGCCAAGGAGCCUCCCAUGUACCCCCUGGAACCCGACGAUGUGGUGUACGAGCCCCGGAGCUCCCGGCUGCUGGUACGAGGGCUGGGGGAGAAUGAGCUGGAUGAGGAGGAGGAGGACUAUGAGUCUUCAGCCCGUCUGCUGGGAAUGUCCUUCAUGAACCGGAACGCUAGCCUGCGCUCCAACUCGUCUCCCUACGGCGGGCAGGCAGCGGGCAGGGCCUGCUCAUUCCCCUCUGCUAGGAGUUUGUUGGUUGGGGCCUGUGUCUUGGUGGUCAUCGCCUCGGUCUCCGUGGUCAUUUAUUUCCUGCCCAAGUGUACCUUCACCAAGGAAGGCUGCCACAAAGCCAACCAGUCAAUGACACUCAUCUACCCCAUAGCCUCCAAUGGUCAGCUCUUCCCUUGGACCAGCAUGAGAUUACCUAGAGCUGUCAGCCCAAUCCAUUAUGACCUAACACUCCAGCCCAACUUUACCACUAUGAAGUUCACAGGCUCUGUUACCAUCACUGUGAAAGUCAAUGAAGACACCAAGAAUGUUGUGCUCCACAGUUCUGGCCUUGUCAUCUCUAAGAUAUCCAUCGUGCCUGUUGGGGAAAACCAGCCCAAGCCGGCCCAGUAUAUGGAGUACCACCCCUGGCAGCAGAUUGCAGCCCAGUGUCCCGAAACUCUUCAGAAAGGGAAAAGCUACCAUUUGAAACUUGAGUACUCUGCCAACCUUUCAGACAGCUACUAUGGCUUUUAUAAAAGCUCAUACCGUAACAAAGAUGGGGAACAAAGGUGGCUCGCUGCGACGCAAUUCGAACCUUUAGCUGCUCGGAUGGCUUUCCCUUGCUUUGAUGAACCAGCAUUUAAGGCUACAUUUCUCAUUAAGAUAAACCGAGAUAAGGAAUAUAUCAGUCUCUCAAACAUGCCAAAGAACAAAACUACUCUUGUUUCUGGUGGAUUUUAUCAAGAUGUGUUUGACAAGAGCGUCACUAUGAGCACCUACCUUGUGGCUUUCAUUGUGGCUGACUUCAAAAAUAUCAGCAUGGAAGCCAAUGGCACUCUGGUCUCUGUCUAUGCUGUUCCUGACAAGUUGGACCAAGUGAAUCAUGCCUUGGAGACAGCAAUAAAACUGCUGGACUUUUAUAAUUGCUAUUUUCAAAUGCCCUACCCUCUUCAGAAGUUAGAUUUGGUGGCCAUUCCUGACUUCCAGGAUGGAGCCAUGGAGAACUGGGGGUUAAUCACUUUCCAAGAGACAACCAUCCUGUAUGAAAACACCAGUUCUCUUCUGGACAAGCAGCUGGUUACCAUAGCGAUAGCUCAUGAACUGGCCCAUCAGUGGUUCGGUAACCUGGUCACUAUGGAGUGGUGGAAUGAUCUGUGGCUUAACGAAGGCUUUGCAACUUUCAUGGAGUACAUGUCCAUUGAGAGAAUUUUCCCUGAUCUAAAUGUUGGGGACAAUUUCCUCGCCGCACGCUUCAGGGCAAUGGGUAAGGACUCAUUAAACUCCUCCCAUCCCAUAACGACUCCGGUGGCAACCGCCGAACAGGUGGAGGAGAUGUUUGAUUCCGUGUCCUAUGUGAAGGGCGCCUCCAUUCUGCUGAUGCUCAAAUCGUCACUGAGCGAAGAACACUUCCAGAUAGGAGUAGUUAAUUAUCUAAGUCAGCACAAGAAUGCAAACACACAGAGUGAAGACCUGUGGGCCAGCCUGUCCCAGAUUACAGAGAUGGUGAACAUCACAGAGCUGAUGAAAUCGUGGACCCUUCAGAAAGGUUUUCCAUUGGUAACAGUCACCAGGAACGGCACGAAGAUGACUCUUCAGCAAGAACACUUCUUACUGAGUGUGGACAAUUCAUCUAGCAGCUCCAGCAGCUACCUCUGGCAGAUUCCCCUGACAUCCAUAAACAGUAGCUGCAGUAAUGCCUCAAGCUGCAAGAGUGUGAUCAUGCUAAAGGAGCAGUCUGCCACCCUAUACGUUCCUGAAGAGGUGCAGUGGGUGAAAUUUAACGUUGACAUGGAGGGAUUCUACAUGGUGCAUUACGGUGAAGACGGAUGGAGCGACCUGAUUAUAUUAUUAAAGAACAAUCAUUUAGCACUUAGCUACCAAGACAGAGCAAGCCUCAUCAGUGACAUAUUUGGACUUGCCAGGCUGGGCAAGGUGUCUAUCCAGCAGGUGCUAAAUCUUACCAGUUACCUUGUCAAUGAGACAAGCACCCCCCCAGUGACUGAGGCACUGCUUCAGCUCAACCAUAUCUACAGACUUCUGGAAAAGAGAGGAUUACUGCAGCUUACUGCAAGGAUGAAGGCAUAUAUUCUGGGCCUUUUUGAAAAACUGAUUGCUAACCAGAGCUGGAAUGAAGAAGAAUCCAUAACUCAACAAAAGCUUAGGUCUUCACUGCUGGGAGUCGCCUGCUCUUACAGCCACCCGAAAUGCGUUGAGAAAGCCAAGAACCUAUUCCUGAACUGGACAAAAUCUCCUGCCAACGUGAGCAUUCCUGCAGAUCUCAUGAGAACUGUAUUCACAGUUGGCAUCCAGCACUGUGACGGCUGGGACUCCCUGCUGCAGGCCUACAGCAGCUCCCAGCUCGAGGCAGAGAGAGAGAAGAUGCUGCAAGCAUUGGCAAGCAGUACGGAUGUUAGGAAGCUGAUAUGGCUGAUGCAGACCAGCUUGAAUGGUGAAGUUAUUCGGACACAAGAGCUCCCUCUCGUCCUCACGACCAUCUCGAAGAACUUCGAAGGACACCUGUAUGCCUGGGGCUUUGUCAAAGAAAACUGGGAUAAAAUAAUAAAAAAAUUUAAUCUUGGCUCGUUUGCAAUUCACAACAUUGUCGUGGGAACAACAUCCCAGUUUUCAACACAGGCGCAUCUGUUUGAGGUAAAGAACUUCUUUGGAUCUCUCAAGGACAAGGGUUCUCAGCUAAGAAGCGUCCAGGAAGCAGUGGAAACGAUACAACUCAAUAUCCAGUGGAUGGACAGGAACCUGGAGGCUCUGAGCCACUCUCUUUGAGCUGAGAGCAGCGCUGUGCAGGACACAGGAACGUCUUGCUCUGCUUGGGUUACAGUCUAGGAGAGACCAGUCACCACGGCAACUGCGGCCUUUGCACUAAUAGGAGUUCUAGCUACCUUAUGUCCACUCUGAUCCCUUUUAUUUAUAUAGAGAUUUUUUUGUUUGUUUGUUUGGUUAGAACUUUUUCUUCAUUGUUAAUGUGAGUAUGUUAAGCUACAGACCAAAAAAUAAAUACAUUUAAAAUAUAUUGUAAAUAUAUGGAGGGUAGUAUGUGUUAUAUAAAGAUAGCAUCAUCAAAACAGCAUUUUUUUAUUUUUUAUGGAUUUAUGACAAAGCACGAGGAUGGCAGAAAAUGUUUACUGUAUGUGUGUUAUUGUGUGGUGUGUACUUAUUACUACACCUGUAAUGUAUAAACACACUGCAGUACAGGUAAUGGAUUGCAGGACUGAACCAGUAUACAGGCUAGUCUAGAAAAACAUUGAGGGGACUUGUCUGUGAUAGAUAUUCUCUCCCUCAAUCAAAUAUAAAAUGUGUAAAACUCUGCCUGUUCUCUGGCUGUUUUUUUUUUUUUUGUAUAUAGCCUUUAAAAAAAAUUAAUUUCCAGCAGCAGUGUCCAGAUUGAAAAGUGCUUACCUGGAUGGAUGUGUUCUUCAUAGAGUCCUUGGCAUUUGUUUUUCACAUGCCUAAAACAGCGGGAUUCUGAAUUAGAACUUCGUAGUGCAUCCUCACCUCCAGUCUGAAAGAUUGCUUGGGCUCAUCCCCAGUUAACCCCUCUGUACUUUUGAUGGGGACAUAACCUUGACGUUGGUCCUAGUUCAAUGUACUCUACGCGGUGGCUUUAUUCAUAGAACAGCUGAGGGAAAGUUGUUUUGUUUUUUCUUUUUCUUUCAAAACCAAAGAAUUUGAGGUUGUAGUAUUCAAGAAGACAGAUGAAAUUUCACCACAGACUCGACUGCUGGCUCACACAGUAAAAUAAGGGUUAAAUGAGGCACUGGGUUGUGUGUUUUGAUUCCUUAAAAUCAAGUCUUUCUAGUAAAUAGCCUUGUUUUCUUUAAGUACACACUGGUGUAAAGAUUUAGAACCUUCAUGGCACGCAAAUGUUUUUUGUUUGUUUGUUUAAACAAGCAAAUAUAAUAAAGAGCACAAUGUUUAAUCAUAUUAUUUGAUUUUAAGUAUGGAAUACAAUUCAAGAACUACUCGAUUCUAAAUAUUUCAGAUCAGAAAGAACUACUUUCAGUUUCUUUUAAUGUUCCUUGUUUUAAUUCAGUAUGUCAGUUCUGUAGGGGUAUUUUAACUAGCUUGGUUUUAUUUAAUGGGCUUUGCUCCAACAGUGGCAACAGGUCAUGUUAAAUUGAUUUGAAGCUUUACUGUGAGUUAGUUGUGAAUCACUUCUCUAAAGUAAAUGAGGGGAAACCUUAGUAGAAGCUUUUAUAAAUUAGCAACACAGUUUUUCAUUGCAUGGGGGGUGGGGGUGGGGUGUUAACGCUUUGCGGCUGCCCCAUUUUAUAAUUGCAUUCCACAUUUCUAAAGCUAAAUUCCUUAAUCAGGGAGUUUUAAAACUUUGUUUUUUUGUUGUUUUACAUUCAAACCAGGUACUUGCAGGGUAUACUUUAUGAUGGAGUAAAAUAUUGUUUUUUUAAUAAUGUUCAGACCGUUUUAGAAAGCUUUAAGACUGUAUAAUGUAGGUGGAUAUUUGCACUGGUACAAGCCCUACGGUAAAGCCAUGUCGGGCGGACAUGAAAAGGGUACAGUUUUCAGAGUCUGCAAAGGGUUAAGGUAGGCUGCCAGCUCUUUAAGCACUGCUGCUUUUGCUGAACAUUUAUUUCUAGAAUGUUGUUCUGCUACGCUGACAGGGUUUCAGGGAGUUUGUUUUCUUUUUGGGUGUGUUUUUUAAGUGUGUUUUUGUUUUGUAUUAUAAUUUUCUUAACUCGUCCCUUGCUUACUCACACAUCCAUUGUGUAUCGCUUCAAUCGUCUUAACCUGCAUGUUGUAAUUCUGGUCAAUAGCUCCCUGAGUGCUCUGCAGUUAGCUAUGACUAUGACUUAUCUGACAAGACUAUUUAACCUGACUGGUCUCUUGGAGUCUUGUCUGGAUCCCCAAAGAUACCUGUACCUAAUUACUGUAGUUGCAAAGCUUUACUCUUGCUGAAAGUGAUGUCAGCCAUGCAUUCGUUGACUUUAUUGUUGCACUGCUUAGCUCUGUUUCUGAGGCAGCUGUUUCUGAGGCAGCGGCUCAUUUACUAGUAUUUAAAAAGUCAUUUAUUUUAUAGUUUUUCCUUUUUAUUCUGUUUUCAGGUAUUUUGAGUGAUUGUGAUAUUCGAAUAUUGAGUUCUCUUUUUUUUCACUAUCUGUACCUCUGCGAGCUUGUCUGGAAUGUUGUGACUACCUUAGACUUCCUCGUUCCAUUGAAGUCCUGCAGACUCUUGGCGUGCCUUCGUUCUGCUUGUCUGAGAGGACAGCAGAUUUGAAAGGUCAUGCUAUCACCUGGUUUGAAUGGAAUGAGGAGGUCUGUUCAGUGCUGGGAAGCUCUCCAGACAAGGUCAAAGAGAGUUUAAAUACAGGUAAAGACUGAUUUAGAUACAGACUCUGUAUUGGAGCGUCAGAACCCAGAAACACUCUUAAUAGUUGAAAAGUGGGUUAAAUAAUUAUAAUGACCGCAUGAUACUGUAUCUCUAAUGGGCAUAGCAAAUGCAAGUAGUGCUGAAAAAAACGUGGGGGCCUUUAUUCUUUUUCAUGUUAUCUUUCUUUCUUUUUGCCCCUCAGCCUUGAAAGGAAUUAAGUGGCUUCAAUAAACAUGUUUUUUUAAUUCUAACAGUGGAAGGAAAGAAAACCUUAAAAAUGUGGUACAUGCCUGUAAUACUUCAUGCCAUCACCGUUUAAUCUCUCAGGUUGUAAAUAGUAUCUUACUGUGUGGUGCGACUACAGAAGAGAUUGCAAAGAGAGCACAAUUACAGAGAGGAGCAA